AUGCGGGGCAGUGAAUCCAAACUCACAAUGAAGUCGUGUCGUGACUUACCAUCCGCCCGGUUUCCAGAGUAUAUCAAAUCGGCAAAUAAUCGCUUAUACAAUGUAAUAUGGAGCGAGGGCCCGCUUUCAAAUGUGUUUUUAGUGAAGAAGCCAUGGGAGCCUAGUGUGCGCGACGCCAUGGUGGAGUUGAUAAAUCAUUUGCAUGUGCUGUACCCAUGUGUCAAUGUGAUUGUUGAUGAAAACGUUGCUGAUGAGUUGAUGAGUGAAGGUUCUAGCGUUGAUAAGCAAUUGGACUCGAAAGUGGAACAUGUUGUUUAUACAGGUACCAAAAAGGAAAUCAUAAGCAAGACUGAUUUGUUGAUUACACUUGGUGGUGAUGGAACUAUUUUACGAGGGGUUUCGCUAUUUUCCAAUGUCCAAGUCCCACCAGUCUUGUCGUUUGCCAUGGGGACGUUGGGGUUUUUGUUGCCAUUUGAUUUCAAAAACUGUAUGCUGUGUUUUGCAUUGGUUUAUGAGAAUAGGGCACAAGCAUUGCACAGGAACCGGUUGGAGUGCCAUGUGGUUAGAAAUGCCGAUACAAAAGUGUGUCACGAGGCUAAAGAGGAGGAAGUUGAAGUUGCCACCGUCAGGAACAAGAGGAAGAGGCUGGUUACUGAAAUGGAGGAGAGCAGCGACCACCCGGUAGCUAUUCUGGAGAAGCAAGAAAUGAUUCAUGCAAUGAAUGACAUCACGAUCCAUCGCGGAAGCUCACCCAAUUUGACAUCAUUAGAUAUUUAUAUUGAUAACGAAUUCUUCACAACUACCUAUGCUGAUGGAUUAAUCUUUUCUACUCCAACUGGGUCAACUGCAUAUUCGUUAUCUGCCGGUGGAUCAAUAACACACCCAGCUGUGGCGUGUAUAUUGCUCACACCCAUAUGUCCUCGCUCGCUUUCGUUUCGUCCAUUGAUCUUACCAUGCAGUUCGGAUAUUAUGGUGCGAUUAUCCAAAACCAAUCGCAGUUCAUUUAUAGAGUUGACAGUGGAUGGAAUCAGUCAACAGGAUUUGCAUCCGGGAGAUGAAUUACAUAUAACCUCUGAAACAGUUGUGGUUGAAAACGAUAAGAUCAAGAAGCAGAAGCGAAAUAAUGGGAGAAGUGCUGAAGCAGGAGAGUACAGUGGUGAUGGUGUCGAAUAUAAUGAUAAGAAUGGUAUUUGGUGUGUUGCUACUAACCAAAACCAGUGGUCAAAAGAUUUAAAUAGUUUGUUGGGCUUCAAUAGCUCCUUCAAAGGGCAGCAGAAUAAGAAACUGCACUUGUGA